AUGACAUCCCUCAACCUUCGUCCCGUCCCUUCCUCCUCUACUUCUUCCUCGUCCAAACCUAUCCCUUCCCCCUCAUUGCUCAAACCAUGGGAUUUCUCUUACUCCCCCUCAUCGGAUGGAUGCGACAAGAACUUGUUGAUCAUGUUUCAUGGUCUCGGCGAUUCAAAAAUCCCAUUUUUCAACCUGGGCAAGCAGCUCAAUCUUCCUUCUACAGCUAUCUUAUCACUUUCUGCACCUGAUCCUAUCCCGUUGAUGGAUCAUCCCUCUUUCUCAUGGUAUCCAACCUUCACCCCUACAUUCGAUCCCCUCCCUAUCCAGAAUCACAAUCCUACAAUCCACAUGGCAAAACUACGUUCUUUGAUAUCCACGCUGACGAGUAAGGAGGUAGGAUGGGAACUGAAGGAUAUCCAUUUGUUCGGAUUCGGACAAGGUGGGACUAUAGCGUUGGAGCUAGGUCUAUCAAUAUACAAUCAACCACUCGGUACAGGUGAAGAUACACCGAGAAGAUUCGGUUCAAUAACCUCCAUAUGCGCUUCAAUCCUUACUCAUCCCACUUCCACACUAAACAUUCAAACUCCCAUAUGUUACCUUACGAGGCAUUCCCCACAGUCUGCUAUACAUCAGAAGAACCUGAAUAUACUUAAGAGAGCAUAUAAAGAUGUCGAAGUGGUACAAGCCUCAGGUGGGAAUGAGCAGAUGCCGAGAAAUAAAGAUGAAUGGUAUGGGAUUAUGAAGUUCUGGGGUCAAGUGUUGGGUAGGGAGGAUGAGGGAUGGAAAGGACAAGGAGAGGUUUAUGAGGUUGUUAGGUAG